AUGACUAUCAUUACCGCAGCCCAGUCGCGCGAACCCUCAUUCACAAAAGAAACUCUGGGGACUUUCAGCGGCGAUGUGUAUUUCAAUCACCUGCACAAAGACGAGCAUGUAUCAAUUCUCGAUGUCAAGUUUUCUCCAUGUGCUCGGACACAUUGGCAUGGUCAUGAGAAAGGCCAACUCCUUGAAAUAACCACUGGAUCUGGGUGGGUAUGUGAUAAAGGACAGGAGCCCCGGAGAGUCAAAGCUGGCGAUACUGUUUGGUGCCCCCCUGGUACGAUUCACUGGCAUGGGGCGGAUGAAGGCAGUUCGAUGAUCCAUCGUGCAAUUUCAUUUGGGGGCAUGGACUGGCAAGAUCCAGUUUCAGAAACCGACUUGAAGGGUACCCAUUAA